AUGGCAGUCACAUCCAACGAAUACUCUCGUGCAAUAUUUGUCAAACGAAAGCGUGUUGAUGAGCCCAUGGAUGCAUUAAUGAUUGAUCUGCCUUCCCAAACCAAGCGCUAUCGAGGGGCAGGAGAGGGACAGGGUGUGUUCGCACUUGCAGAGACAAUGACAGAAGAUCCUUCCCUAUUGGAUGACCAAAAGGCCAAGGACCUACAUAAACGACUGGCGAUGAUCAAUCAAGAGCCUAGAGCGUCACCCAAGGUAUCGUCUCCGGUCGCGAUGGUUAUGUCUCCUCCUGGCGCGCCCAGAUCGGCGCCUCCUCCUACCCGCGAAUAUAAAGUAUUAAGAACUACUCGGGCCCCUUCCUCCGCUGUCACCUCUAAUGUUGCUCAGUCAUCAUCACUGCCGACCGGGGCUGCCACUGCCCGAGCUCCGGUACCUAUCCCUAUCCCCGGACAACCAUUACCCUCCACCUCCACUUCGACGGUUACGGACCAAACCGAACCUCCAGAACCAAAGUUUGUUCUUUAUGAGGCUGUACUCGCGGGCCCAUCAAUUGUAGAGCAGCCGGAAGAACCCGCGCCCGAGAUGCAAGAGUUCCAGGAUCUUUUGCAAGAGUAUUUGCGAGUCAACGAGAUUUCGUUGGAUGCACCCCCUCCCAGAAAACCCGUGACGAGCAACUCAGCCACUGCAUCAAAGAAGCCAGUUGAUGAGGAUGAGGAUGAAGUUUACGUUUGGGAUGUGUUCUAUCAGCGUCAGAACUUGAGCGGAGACCUAAGUAUUUGGGAUGGAUUGGCCAACGUCGGGACUUUAUCAGGACUGCCGCCCACCGAGGGGGAUAUUCUCGCCGAUGAAGAAGAGAGUGACUCGGUCAAAGACGAGGCUGAUGAAGAUUCGAAUGAGGAGGACUUUUACCGGAACGACUACCCCGACACGGAGAGCGAAUCCGAUGUGACGGCGACCACGAGUGGAGAUGAUAUCACAAUCAACUUUGUUCCGUUUUUAUCGGCUUCUCGUAGCACCACUGUUAAGUAUUAG